UCGGCUCGGCUGUAAUCAAGCGCCGCACCGCCAUCCCCCGGGGGCGUAUCCAUCUAUCGAUUAAACGCCGCCGCCGCCAGGAUGAACUGCAUGAGGAACUCGUGCUGCGGCUUCUGUCGGCUUCAGAGCCUCCGCCGUUACCCCAACCUCUCGCCACUACGGCCGCCCUGUUGCACCGCCGCCGACUCUCCAUGGGUCGCCAUCCCCGCGGCCGUUCUGCUCUUUCUCGUCACCUGCGACCGCGAGAAGGUACCGUGCACCGACCUUGUCCACUGGGUCUCCUCGCCGCUCUUGCGCUCCUUGAUCGGGGACACCAUCUUCGAGACGAUCAAGGAGAAACGCGGGCACGCCUUCCUUGGCCCGUCUGACCUCAACACCGUCCGUGUCCGGCUCAUCGCCUCUGCUAUCUUCCGUGCAGCCCACGACCUCUUCCCCCGCGAUGGUGACCGCGACGAUAAGAAGGCGAAAACGAUGGCGCUCCAUGACCUCAAGUGGGAGGUGAUCAUUUUCAAUAAUGAAAAGGCUAAGGCGUACAGCUUGCCCAAUGGUAAGAUUGUAGUCUACACUGGAUUGCUCAACUGCCUAAACACCGACGCUGAAAUUGCCGCCCUUAUUGCACACGAGGCCGGACACGUUGUUGCAAAACAUAACACGGAGUUCUCAAGGAUGAUUCCCUUCCAUGACAAACUGGCCUCCCAAAGGAAUGAGAUGGAGGCGGAUCUCAUCGGACUGAAGCUACUGGCAGCCGCUGGUUUUGAUACAGACGAAGCCCAUGGGGUCUAUGAGAAGUCCAGGGAGAUCCGAAGAGGCAGCUGGUCUCGGUUUCACCCUUGGUGUAAGAAAGAAUAACAGUUUUUAUCGUGAGGCAGUGUCAUGGAGGUGGUACUGCAACUGUACAAGCAAAUUGUGCCCAAGAAACUUCAGUCGGCGUUUUCCUUGCGGAGUUCUCCGAUACUAAUUAUAUUUUAGAGUAACUUUGUAAAAAAGUUUUUUAAGAUUUAAUACGCCGUCUUGAUAUGACGACAGUGA